UAUUCUCGGCUUCUCAUGGCUGGUACCUUGCGCAUGUCGCGUUCUUGGGCGGUUCCAGAAGGCCAUUCACGCUCGCCAUGAUGCGUUUCCGCUGCCCCAGUCUGGUCUUCAUUCACGUCGGGACUAAUCAUUAUCUAAACCCCACUUACUGCCCAGGAUCGAUAUGAGAAGUAGACGGGCAAGCAAGCCUGAAUAUUAGUAUGCCAUCAACGUUUGAACUUUCGAGAACCAUUUGGAUUGUGGCUACAUGUUAUUGACGACUUGCUGGGAUAUCGGACACUUGUACAUGCGAGCAUCCAAUUUCACUUGGUUGGAGGCAUGACUGCAUUGCACGUAGGCCAUGUAACCUGUCUCUGGAAGCUCGCAAUCGCAAAGAGCGCCGACCAGGCUGCAUCACAUACCGUCAUUUCCCAAAUAAUUGAUCAUAAAUAACCCACAAUGCUCAACUAUUUGCGCACGGUGUCACCAACAGUUGCAAGCAUGCAUGCAUGCAGGUAAAUCGUGCUUGAACGUUCAAUGUUCAAUGGAGGUUCUCCACGUGAUCAACCUCGGCGCAACCGGACACGAUGCCGCUCCCAACCACCACCUUAACAGUCGGUUCCGAUCUCUCCUCUACUAUGCACCGUCUCUGGUAACACGCAGCUUGAAUUGGAAACACUACGAUAUGAGGAUUCGAAAACCUUUUGCUGGCGCAUUUGUAGCCAUCAUCUUCAUUUCCGCCGCAGCCGGAUUUUCGCCCUCCGAAUACAGCAUUCCGGCAUAUAAACAAUCCGACAAAGCCCUCCACUUCAUCGCUUUCUUCCUCCUUACUUUCUGCUUCUAUUGGAUCCUGGAAGCAAGUAGGAGAAAGGUCGUGCAUCUUACGUUGACCGUAUGCACUUUGGGUUUGGGAUGCGCCAGUGAGAUCAUACAAGGAGUUUUGCCGAUCCACCGCGAAUUCGACUAUUAUGACAUAGUUGCAAACGUCCUGGGGUCCGGGAGCGCCAUCGCGUUAUGCAAUUGGUACCACAAGCGCAUGCUCGAGAGGAAACGUGCGGCACGCGGCUAUGGAGGUGUCGCAGGCGAAGACCCCGAUGAAGACGUGGAGCUAGGUGAGGGCAUCGGGGCCCAGGAAACCGGUGUCGUUCGACCGACAGUCGACGAGGAGCUGGAUCGUUGGGAUGAGAAUGCCGAAGAUUGGGACACUACAGAACCAGCAGAAACAUCGGUCGAGCAAGACGGUGGGGGAGAUCUGGGCGAUAGCAAGAAGCGUGCGGAUUAA